UGUAUCCCCAAAGCACGAGUUAUACUUUGUCUCAACAACUCGACGAAGGCCUUAAUUGCUUUCUCUGCUUCUUUCAAUCAAAUAUCGGAUCAUCUCUUCCGUCUUAGAAUUCAGAAUUACGCAGCUCCAUCUUACUAGCACGACUAUCUUCAGUAAAAUGCAGAACGAGAAUCCUUCAAGUGAUGGCCUCAACACCAGCAUCGCCGAUGCAGCUACAGUCCCGUCCGGCAACAAAAACUUUACGUUCUCUGAUGCAACUUCACCAGACUUGGCUGACAAUCCAUUUCUCUCACCUACCUCAACUCACCAAUUCGAUUCCUCUGAAUUCAUCCCCAACUUCUACUCAACUUUCUCUCGCAGCUCAAAUUCCCCUUCCCUAACCUCCUUUGACGAUACUGAUGACCUCGUCACCGAUGGCCGCCUCCACCAAGCUAGCUACAUUCUCGAGUACCAGCAACUCUACAAUCGGUACACUCUCUGCCUCGCACAUAUGCAGGAAUCUAUCAAAGAAGUCGAAGCUCUUCACCAGGAGAAUGAAUCUCUCCGGCUAGUUAACACCGAUUUGGAUCGACGCCUGAGCCUCCUCACGCAGGCCACCAUACAAAACUGUCUUCUCUCUGAUUUCAAUCGUUUUGGUAUGGGAGUCAACCGUGAUACUCAAAUCUCUGAUCCCAGACCUCCGAACAUCAGGCAAGGGAGCGUCGUGGAACCUAACCGGCCUGAGCGAAGGAACGCUGAACGAGUUUCGCUGCCGAAGAGCAUUUCUGUGCGCUCGAGCGGUUAUCUCAAGUUGAAAGCACAAGGUGGAAAUAGUGGAGGUCCCAGCCAGGCAAAAGCUCGGCAAAAAUCUACGGCUCCACCCCUAACCGAAUCUCAACAAAGAGUGUACGUUCCUGGAAGUAAGAAGGAAGAGGAGGCAUUAGAGUUUGACGUUUACAACCAAGGGAUGUUAAAGACAGAGCUGUGUAACAAAUGGCAGGAGACUGGGACUUGUCCUUAUGGAGAAAACUGUCAGUUCGCUCACGGUAUCACAGAGUUGCGCCCAGUGAUAAGGCAUCCACGCUACAAGACAGAAGUCUGUAGGAUGGUCCUAGCAGGUGAUAUGUGCCCCUAUGGUCACCGUUGCCACUUCCGUCACUCUCUCACUGAGGAAGAGCGACGAACAGGUCCUGGCCUUUUCUGAUGGUUCCAUAUAUCUUUAAUUGCUUUUUAGUUGUAAAACUACAAUCCUAUGUUCAAUUUCGCAUAUUGGUAAAUCCCCCAAAAGCAAUAAGAUGGACAGAUUUUCACAAGUAUUGCGUGUAUAAAAUACUUUGGACGGACAGGAAAUUAUGUAAUGAGGGUUAUCUUGGAGGUGAAACCUGGCUACCUGCCCAAGUCACAAUGCAGUCGCACUGCAAAAAUAGGAUAAAUGCGAACUAGGUUUCUGGAGUUGGAAGUGGAGACAUAUAUAGGGGAGGUCAUAAUCUUUUGUUGGUUGUUCUACUAUUUGGGGAUGCUGUGGAAAGGAAUUGUAUAAAAUCCUUUUGUAGCUAAUAUUUCAGGUAUUCGUGUGCCAAUUGUGGCAAGGGCAUGGUGCAGGGGAAUUAGGUGUUUAAAAUCUUGUAAUGGUCAUAAACUGUUUAUGGCAGUAGUCUGUCCAAUUGCAACUUGGUUUACGAAGGAGAGACGGUGUUCAAAUAAAAUUGAA